AUGCUUCAACGUUGGCGAAUAGCAAGAAGCACUGUCUACUGGAGCUGCCGUGAUGAGGAUGAGGAAGAGUCCAUUGACCACUUUCUGUGUCGAUUUCCAGGUCUACAGACGAAGCACCUCAAGCACUUGCGUUCACGCUUCUUCAACAGUCUGGGCAAGCUAACGGAGGUGGAACUGUUGGAUCUCCUCGGCUUCAGUAGGGAUUCACUCGUUGGCAUUCUUCUCAUCGUUCUUGGCAGUCUCAUGCUGGAUGGCCUAGGAGAAGUGAAGUCGUCCAAAAUUAUUGAAAACGUUGAUGUCAUACCAAUAUUGAUCAUAGUGCUGGGUGCAUUGAUAUUCAUUGUGUCAUUUAUGGCCUGCUGUGGUGCGAUCAAGGAGAUCAAUUGUUGUGUUCUAAUAUAUGCAGUUUUUAUGCUCAUCCUAUUGGGUCUGCAAAUCGCGCUCGUUGUUUGGGUUUUCGUGAGAAAAGAUCAGUUUCUCAAAACUAUGGACUCCAUUGUUUACGAUGCAUUUGAGGACAGAGACGAUCAAACUGAUAAUUCAAUGAAUUUAAUCCAAAUCACGUUCAACUGCUGUGGCUACACUGAUUACAAAGAUUAUAACAGCACAGGCGUGCCUCCUUCUUGCUGUGGCUUUUCUGAAACAACCGCCUCAUGUCCAUCGUCUAUUUACACUACCAAAGAAGGUUGCAAAACGGCAUUUUACAAUUUCUGGGAUGAUAAUUUGAAAUAUGUACGAUUUGGUGGCAUUGUGGUGAUUGUCAUCGAAUUUUUGGCUUUGGUAUCAGCAUGCAGUGUUGCCGUAUACAUACGAAAAUCAUUGAAUUCGAAUAGGCCAAAUGGGGCUUAGUGUAAAUUUGAGUUAAUCGUUAACAGUCAGGAGAUUGCAAUUCUUUUUUAAUUUGGCUAAGCUAAGAUGGCCAUCGUCAU